AUGCGCCGCCUCACCCGACGACCUGCGCACCAGUGCACCACCACCCCUACACCACCACCCCUACCCAGCCCCGCCACCGCCCGCCGCAGUCCCCAACCCCGCCGCCGCGCGCCACCGGCCCCAGCUCCACCACCGCGAGCCGCAGUCCCCAGCCGGACCAGACCCAAGCACGUCGCCAUGGCGCGACGUCUCCACCUCCCGGCGACGGAGCAACACCUUCCCGAUGGCAUGCCCACCACCACCGACGAGGCACUCUGCCCCAACCGACGCAGCUCCCCACCGCUGUUGUGCCGCUCCUUCCCCGCGUGUCUCCCCUUCUCCUCGCUGCACGGAUUGGUGUGCCGCGGCGCCGCCACCCAGGAUGUUAGAAGAGAGCUAAAGAUAAAAGCGUUUGUGGUUCUUGAAUCGGCGCAAAAUAUGGACAUAGUCGUGCAAAGAUCCCUGACAGAGCGAGCCUGUCCAGAAUGCAACCAUCAUAAACUCGAAUAUUACACGAAGCAGCUUCGGUCGGCGGAUGAGGGGCAGACUAUCUUCUACGAGUGCCCGGAGUGCGGCCACACGUUCAAUGAGAACACCUAAGAAAAAGGUUUCCUACUAUCAGGCGGCCAAAUCCUGGUGCCGCUCGUGAACUCCGCCUCCAUCAGCUCCACUUCGCCGGAGCAAUCAGUCCAGAGGAGGAGGUGUAGCCGGUCCACCUGAUCUCCGACGUCUUAUUCUAACUCCAAAUAAAUUCUUUUCUAGUUCUAUUCUUAGUCACAUGUACACAUGCAGGUUCUAAACUUCUUGUCUAGUCAUUCUAGUACUGAUGAAGAUCGAGUUGACUGAAAUAAUAUAGUCGAUUCUUGAGACCCUUACUGGUCCUUCCAUAUAUAGAAGUUGUGCCUGAUAGCCAAACAUAACUUUUCUCUUUGUUGCCUGCUUGCUUAUUUUGGUGAUACAUUUGGACCUUUGCCUUGUCAGUACAAUAACACACUCCACAGCCGAGCACUCCACAGCCGAGCACGAGAAGAGCUGCAUGCAGGCCACCCCUGUGCUCCGUCCUAUAUCCGGCUCAGUCAUCUCCCUCUCAUCCUCUUUCUCUGCUCCAUGUGUGUGUGUGUGUGCAGGUAGUGGGAGGAGAUAGAGCAGGGGAGUGAGAGGACCUUCCAUGGUGAAUCCAUAGGCAUCUUCCAUGGAGAUUGUGAGCUCUCCCGAUUAUUGCUUGAGGAUUUAUAUUGUAGGUACUUGAAGGGUGCAGACUUGGCAGCGGAGUGGUUUGUUCAACAACAGUACAAUGACCGAAAGAACUUCAGU